GGUCGGCGCAGCGAUGUCUCUCUCUACCUAAUUUUUUGUUGCUAGCCUUAGCCUCAUUUACAACACGGGCAUCUCCUUGCCUCUCAUAAACUCAAGCAAAGUCCCUAAGAGUCUCAGGGUUGUUACGGAAGUGCGGCGAGCUAGCACGAGGAUGAGAUGAGAUCGAUAUGACCAUGGAUUCCUCUCAAGAUUUCAAGUCCCUACAGGAGUCCAUCCAGAAUGCGCUCGUAUCUACAACGCGCCUCGCAAACCAGAUUGCCGCCGAAGAUCUGAGCUUCCAGCGCACCAGCAAUCCCGCCGUUGCUGAAGAGCUCGACGAUACCUCUUCCCGCCUCCUGGCCCUGACCACGUCUCUUCUGCAGUCCGCGACGAAGGGCACCGAUGUUACCGGUCCGAAUCUAGAUGAUGCCGAUGAUGUAGAUGUCCAUUGGUCGCGUAUUGUCGAUGUGCUCGACAAUCUACUGGAAAAGGCCGACACGAGUCUAGACGAGUAUACAGGUGCCAUUAAGCGGAAGGCGCCCGCGGCAGAGCAUCAUACUGCCCCUGCCAAAAAGUCGCGAUACGCACUCGACCAGUCUAUUCGCCGAGCGAACGUCCUCAAGCCACAGAAUACUUUUGAGCUCAAGCCGAAUAAUCUCGAUACAUCGCCGUGGAAACCGAUUCUCACCAAAAAACCACACGCCACUCUCGCUCUAGAUAAGAGUAUAGAAUCCUUCACAGACGAAUCCCAAUCUACCCAGUACAAGCAUCCAUACGAAACAGAAAUCCGGGCUCUUGAGUAUCCUGAGUCCAUCUUCCAACCAAAAGAGCCGAUUCGCUACCUUCCCUUCGAGUCCACCACAGCUACCUUCGUCGAUACCUUUGAUGGAGUCUUGGCGAUGCUCGAUGAGUUAAAAGGGGCUACCGAAAUCGCCAUCGAUACGGAACAUCACGACUUCAGGACGUAUACUGGUCUCCUUUCCUUGAUGCAAAUAAGUACGCGCGAAAAGGAUUGGAUAGUAGACACCUUGCAGCCAUGGCGCCACAAGCUAGAAGUGUUGAAUGAAGUUUUUGCUGAUCCCAGCAUUAUCAAGGUAUUACAUGGUGCAUAUAUGGAUAUUGUCUGGCUUCAACGUGAUUGUGGUCUCUAUAUCGUUGGGCUAUUUGAUACAUUCGAGGCCGCUUGCGCCCUUCAGUACCCAGGGCGUAGUCUUGCGUAUCUUCUCAAACGAUUUGUAGAUUUCGACGCAGAUAAGAAAUAUCAGCUCGCGGACUGGCGGAUUCGACCAAUCCCGGAGGAAAUGUUUUAUUACGCCCGAUCAGAUACUCAUUAUCUUCUUUACAUCUAUGACAAUCUUCGUAAUGAAUUAUUAUCAUCAACCCAGUCGGAUAUGUCGGGCCAUGACCUCAUGCGCCUCGUCCUAGACAAAUCGAAAGAGACAUCUCUCCGUAGGCAUGAAUCAUUCAUCUAUGACACCGAGACGGGCCAAGGUCCUUUUGGUUGGUUCAACAUGCUCAUUCGACAAUCGGCUGGUAAAUUCUCCAAAGAACAAUUUGCAGUCUUUCGGGCCAUUCACCAGUGGCGAGACAAGCUGGCGCGCAAAGAAGAUGAAAGUCCUCUAUUUAUUAUGAACAACGCGACGGUGUUCGACAUCGCGAGGCGGUUACCACCUGACCCUAAAGCUCUCCACGGCCUACUCGACUCGGGCUCAUUCUUGGCCAAGCGUGAAGUGUCGACACUAUUCGAAAUCAUUACCAAGGCGAAAGAACAGGGCGCAGAUGGCCCUAGUGUAGCAGAAGUCAUUCGCGGCAAUGCACCUGCUACCAUGGGUAUAGGUGAAGUUGCUCGCUCAGUGCUCCCCCAGCUGAAGGAUCGUGCUAAGGAUGCGCUUGAUGCAAAAGACCUUGUCUCUCAUUCAUCGCGACUGUGGGGUGGCAUCCCCAUUAGCAGUCGAUGGGAUUCGCAACAUCAGUUGACUUUCCCGAAGCAAAGUCAAUUUGAACUUCCUUGGGCUCAAUUUGUCCAGUCUGCCAAGCUAGCGGACGAUGUCACUCAAGAGCCAAGUCAAGACGUUGAUAAGUCUGAGAACAUGGCUAUUGAAGCGGCCCCUAAUGAAGCAACAAAUGGUGAUUCUGUACCCGAGGAUGGAGAGUUCACUCUCAAAGCUGUUUCAAAACGCAAAGCUCCUGAAUCUGAUGAUAGCUCAGAGUCAGAUGACGAAGCGCAACCUAGCGAUAAUUUUACUGAAUUAGCUGGAUCCAAAACCAAGACAGCACCUGGAAGUAGCGAGGAAGAGAUUGCUGUUCCUGACGAGGACGACAGUGAGCAAGAAAAGAAGGCAAGAAAAGCCAACAAGAAGGCGCUCAGACUUGCCCGUAAAGCAGAGAAACGACAGCAGAAAGAUCGGCAACGGGCCGAGAAACGGGCUAUGCAUAACCAGAAUUCAGCUUCCGCCGGUAAGGAUGGGGCUGAAGAAAACGAUGAGCCUUUCGACUAUAGUAAAGCGAAGUCUAUUCUCAAAGCAGACAACGCUAAAGCGAACAAUACGAGUGGGACACGGAAAGCGAAGUUCAAUCCCUACGCUCUCACCGCCGAGGGUCCAAAGCCCGCACGCAGGAUGCAUGGAGAGAGAGCCGGGAAGAGCGCUACGUGGAAGAGUUAAAUGGAACGCUGUGGAUCAUAUAUUGCAUUUCAUACGGAGUUCGGAUGCCGCCUGUAUUUGCAUUAACCGGGAGUUGGGGAGCGGCGGAAAAGACACCUGGAGCAUUAACCUAAGUGUCCAUGGGUCAAAUUGGGAAAUACCAUUUGAGGAUCGAUCCUCGCACAAGUAUGCUAUGCUAUGCGUUAUAUGAGAUAGAUAGAAAUCCUACGAAGUCGCCGUGCUAUAGGUGAUUACUAAUUGUUACAUUAUGCAAUGGCUUUCGUGGAGCUUUGAAAAUGUCCC